AUGCUCUCUGCAGCACUUCGUAAUGGCUGUCUAUAAUUGGUCCCAGCUGGAUCGAGCUUGCUGGACCCUGAAUCCGCCACGCGACGUGAGGUGAUACAACCCAGCUUUGGCACUCACCGCUCAACCGCAUGAGACAAACGCGCCGUGGUUUACUUUUUUAACACUCCUUCUUCUUCUCAAGUUCAAUUCGUCGUAAGCUUCGCUAUGGCCCCAAUAGAAACUACCCCCACUGCGGAAGAACAGCUCAUAUGCGAGCCUCAGGGUGGGGCGCCAGACGCCCCGCCAGACCUCCGGUUCUUGCAUUACAACGAUGUCUACCACGUCGAAGCUGGCUCUAGAGAGCCUGUUGGCGGAUAUGCGAGAUUUCAGACUCUGGUCAACUAUUACCGGGACGAUGAGAAGUUUCAUGAUCAGCCAAACGUUGUCACCUUCUUUUCUGGGGACGCAUUCAAUCCCAGCAUCGAGAGUGCUAUCACAAAAGGCAGUCACAUGGUUCCCGUGCUCAACAACAUCGGUACCGACGUUUCAUGCAUAGGAAACCAUGACUUAGACUUUGGUGUGAACCAAUACCAGCAUCUCACCGCUAAAUGCAACUUCCCCUGGCUCCUCGCGAACGUUCUCGACCCUGCCCUCGGCGAGGGCGUCCCACUGGGCAAUGCAAAGAAGACAGUCAUGCUCACUUCGUCCAAUGGCAUCAAGAUCGGCGUCAUUGGUCUAGGAGAACGGGAGUGGUUGGAUACAAUCAACGCACUGCCUCCCGAUAUCAUAUAUAAGAGCGCAUCGGAGACGGCAAAGGAGCUUAUACCCGGAUUGAAGGAGCAAGGCGCUGAGAUAAUCGUAUGCGUUUCACAUCAACGCGAGCCAAACGAUAACAAGCUAGCAGAGCAUACUGGUGGCGACCUCAUCGAUAUUAUACUUGGUGGGCACGAUCACUACUACUCAUUCAGCCUCAUAAAUGGAACACACGUGCUUCGAUCAGGGACAGAUUUCAAGCAGCUAUCACAUAUCGAAGCAUGGCGGAAGCCAGAAGGUAAGGGUUGGGACUUUAAGAUCAUCCGGCGCGACGUUGUGAGCAGUAUACCCCAGGAUAAGGCGGCUAUGGCCUUGGUAGACGAGCAAACACAGAAAAUUAGGAAGCGACUGGACAAACCCAUCGGAUACACUGCUGCGCCGCUUGACGCCCGCUUCACUACUGUACGAACCAGGGAGAGUAAUAUUGGGAACUUCGUUUGCGAUUUGAUGCGCUACUACUACUCAGCCGAUUGUUGCAUCAUGGCUUCUGGUACAAUACGUGGAGACCAAGUGUAUCCUCCUGGUGUCCUGAAGCUACGCGAUAUUGUCAACUGUUUCCCCUUUGAAGAUCCUGUUGUCGUACUGAAGGUCACGGGCAAGGCGAUUCAGGAAGCAUUGGAGAAUGGCGUGAGCAACUACCCAGCACUUGAAGGUAGAUUUCCACAGGUCUCCAAUAUCUCGUUCGAGGUGGAUUACUCGAAAAAACCAAUGGAAAGGAUUUCAAAUGUGUUCAUUGAUGGGAAACCAGUCGAUGAGACGCACGAAUAUGUGCUUGCAACUCGUGGGUAUAUGGGUCGCGGCAAAGACGGCUACACAUCCCUUCUCAUCGAAGAGGAAGGCGGCGUUGCGAAGGAAAUUGUCUCAGAGGAAAAUGGGGUUUUGAUAUCUGCAAUCCUCCGCCAAUACUUCAUGUCCCUCAAGGUCCUCGGAAAGUGGAAGCGAUGGGGUAACUCCAUGAACACAAAGUUCGCGUCCAUCCAAACCAACCUACAAACAAAUCACCAGCACACAUUUCACGAAGCGUCACCUACAUCCCCAACUGCUCCUAAAUUUCCUAACAUCGACAAACUCUCGGUGUCGGAUUCGGGACCUAACACUAGGGACAGUGGGCAUGAUGACCCAGAUGAGGAUGAAGAUGAAGAUGAUGGGCCGAUGUACGACGAUCGUGUUCCGAUCGUUUUUAGCGAGAGGGAGACAGAGGUGCUAAGGAGGGUAAUGGCUAAAUGGUGGAGACUGGCGGGACUCAAGGGUAGUCCGAAGCUUUGCGAUGAGCUGAACCAGGGCGAUUUCCAGGUCAAUUGGACGAAGGCUAUUGCGCCAAGAUUGGAGGGGAGAAUCAAGGAGAUCGGUGGUGCUAUGGAGAAGAAGUAGGCGUACGUGGGAGGUGUGGCCGUGAUGGCUGGGCUUUUUGAUAUAGUCAAAACCGUUGUAUUCGGCAAAGCAUACUGAGCAAGUAAAAGAAUGACGGUUUUAUCCAUAAGCUGCGUCCUAAUAAAAUUUGUAAAAGUGCCUGC